AUGCAUUCCUUUCGAAAUCCAAUUAUUCCAAAUUAAGAAAGAUAAAGAGGAGGUAGUUUUAAUGCUAAAACAUUAAUAAAGAAUACUCAAAAUAGUAUUAAAACUGAAUCAUAAUCAUUAUUAUUAUAACAAAAUAAGUCAAAAUAGACAUUUGACUUUCAAAUAACAAAUAAUAAUUCAUCCUCUUUACUUAAUCCUCAUAUAAAUUACUCAAAUAAUUUAUAAAGUACUGAAAAAUCAAUCAAUACUUAAAAGUUAUCAACAAUAAUUUCAAAAUUUUCAGCUUAAAAUUUGAAUCAUUUGAGUCCAUUCAAUUUUAACACUAUCAAAAUAGAUGGUAUAUCUGAUAAUAAAUAAUUAACUAUUCAAAAUACAAGAAUUGAUUUAUUAUUGAAAGAAAUAUCUGACAUUAAACUACAAAAUGAAAAAGUUAAAUAGUUUUAUUAAUCUCAAAUUCUCAAUUUGUAAAAUACUUAAGACUAAUUAACUAUAGAAAAUAUCAGUUUAUCAAACUCAAUCAAAGGAUUAAUUUAACAACUCUUUGAUGCUAGGUUUACUAUGCAAAGAAUUUAUUAAAAAACAGAUUUAGAUAAAUUUACUAAUUCUUUUGAUUUUAUUGAUAUCAACAAUCAUCUUAAUAUCUAAUAAGCUUUCUACUAUUACUAAUCAGAAAUAUUCUAAUUCAUUUAGUAAUAUUAAAGCUAAACUAAUUAAAAAAUUCAAUCAAAAUAAUAAUAACUCAAUCAAAUAAUUAUUAAGUUGAAUUUAAUUAUUUAAAAAUAAAAAGUUCAUGAUUAAAAAUACAUAAUUAAUGACUUAAACUAUAAUUUAUCAAAUAAAAUUCAAUCCUAAGAAUUAUAAUUGAAAAAUAUUUUGAAAAAAUAAGUUGAUUAGACUAUUGAAGAAUAAUUUAAUGAAUUCAAAAAACAACAUUAAAUUAUUGUUAAUAAUUUAGAGAAGGAAAAAUAAACUGCUUAAGAAUAGGAAUCUUAACUCAAAAGGGAAUUCUAGAUUAGAAUUUAAAAAUUAGAAUAAGAACUUAGUAUCCUAUUAUAUGAAAAUCAAAAAAAAGAAAAACUUAUUUCUGAAUUAAAUGACUUAAAUAAAGCAAAAGUAAUUCAAGUAAAUUAAUCUUAAUUUUUAGAUACAAAAACAAGAAGAAAUGUAGUAAUUAAAAGCAAAAUUAUAAGAAAGUCACAAUAUUUAAAUUAAUCUUAAUGAUUAAAUAGUUUUGCUUAAGUAAAAUUGUAAUAGUCUAUCUAAUGAUUGUGAAAAAUAACAAUCUGAAAUAGCAAAAUUAUUAAAAGAAAAAUAAGAUAUCUCAAAUUAAUUUGAGAAAAAGCAAAUUGAAUACAUGGAAGUAAUAAAAAGUUAAUAAUUAAAAAAUGACAAUUAAUAAAUCUAAAUUGAUAAAUUAAAUAAUGAAUGGUAAUAAAAAAAUCACACAUUAUCAGAAACAAUUAAGAUAAAUGAAUAAAGAUUAAUUAAACUAUAAGACAAUUAUAAAACCUUAUAAAAAUAAAAAUAAGAACUUGAAAAUCUACUUAAGUAAUCUCAGAAUGAAAUUAUUAAACUAAAAGAUUAGAUAGAUUAAAUAUAAUAAUUUUAAGCUAAAAUAAAUAAAUUGAAUUAGACAAUUUAAAAUUUAAUAAAAUAAAAUUAAUCAUAUGAAAAUAUGAUUAAUCAAAAUAUGUCUGAAAAAAAGUAGUUAGAAAAAUAAAUAGUUGAAUUAAAACAACAUAAUUUAUAAAAUAUAGAAUAAAUAUCUAGUGAUAAAAUCUUAAAACUCUCAAAAGAGAAUGAAGAUAAUCAAUCAGAGAUUCAAUUACUUUAAUUACAUAUUCAAAAAGAAUAAGUUAAUCAAUAAUCUUUGAAAACCUAAAUUUUAAACUUAAAAAAUGAUAUUAUCUAAUAUAAAUAAUAGAAAGCAUAAAUGGAACAAUAAUUAGAUAAACAAUAAAAGUAAAAUUAAGAAUUACUAAAGUAAAUGGAGGAUGUAAUUUAAAAUAAUUUAAAUUAAUAAGAAUAAUAAACUAUUGAGUGGCAAAAUCAGUAAAGAAUGCUUUCUAAAAGGUUAAUAGAAUCUGAAUAGAAUUUAAAGGAUUCUUAAAAUUUAAAUGAGAAAUUAGGAGUGAGAAUUUCAGAAUUGGAGUAGUAAUUAGAAGAAGAGAUUGAUAAAAAUUAGUAGAUGGCAGAAGAUACAAAAAAAUAUUAAAUUGAUUCAAAAUAGAAAGAUAUUUAAAUAUCAGAAUGUAAGUCACAAAUAUAAAUUUUAAUUUAAUAACUUAAUAAUAUUGAGAAAGAUAAUUAAGUUAUAAAGGAAUAUUAAAAUAAAACGAAAAAUUUAGAGGAAGAAAAUAAAGAGCAAUAAGAAAAAUGGUAGCUAGAAUAGAAUUCAUAUAUUGAAUAAAUAGAAUAAUAUUAAUUAAGAUUAAAAUAAUAUGAAGAUGAAAAAAUCAAAGAAAGUGAUAAUUAUUAAAAUUAACUCAAUGAAAAGUUAACGUAAUCUUUAAAAAAAUUGGAAUAUAUACAAUAAUAAUUAUAAGAAGAACAAUUAAAAUCUAAUUAAUUGAUGAAAUAAUUAUCAAGUGUAUCUGAAAAUAAGAGUUCUUAGCCAAAUUAAGAUAUGAUGGUUUUAUUUGAUGUAUAAUAUUCUCCAAGAGAUAAAUAAAUAGAAACAAUAUAAUUACCUGAAAAUAAUUAAUCUGAAGAAUAGAUUUCUACAUUAUAAUAAUAACUCAAUUUAUUAUAGGAAUAAUUAAAAUAAUAUAAUGAAAAUUUAGAAGAGAAAAAUAUUAUGAUAGAUGAAAUAAUGCAAAAAAAGUAAUAAAUAGAAAGUAGUUUAGAUGAAGCUAUUAAUAAGAUUAAUGAAUUAGAAAAUUAGAUUUCUUUUUUUAAAUAAGAAUAAUAGAUAUUAGAGAAAUUAAAUAAUGAUAUUAAGAAUUAUUAAUAAAAGAUUUCCAAUUAGCAAAAACAUAUUGAAAAUUUAUAACAUCAAGUAGAAGAAUUAUAAUUAGAAGUAUAGAAAUAAGAAGAUAAGUUUAAAAUUUUAGGAACCAUUUAAUAAUCAAGUGAAGAGUAAUUAUUGAGAGAAUUGAUUUCUUAAAAAGAUUAAGAGAUUAUGAAUUUAUAAGAAGAAUUAAAAAACAUUCAUUAAUAAGUAGAAUAAAGAAUGAAUAAGUCUGUUAUUAGUAAUCAUUCUAAAAAAAGUCAAAAUAUGGUUAAAUUUGAAUAAUUAGUAGAUAAUGAUGAAAAUGAAAUUUCUGGAGAAUCAUAUGAUGAAGAAUAAAUAUUUAUCGAGAAAUUAUAAUUAUAGAAAAUAUUAGAAGAAAAUAAUGAAAAGAUUAAAUUGUUAGAAAUUUAGUUAUAAAAUACACAAGUAUAUACAGAAGCAAAAGUUAAUUAGGAGAUAGGAUAUUUAACAAAUCAAUUAGAUAAACAAAAAAAAAUAAUUGAAGAAUUGAAAAGUUUGAAUUAAAAUUAAUUUUAGGAAUUAGAGAGAAAAGAAUAAAUGAUUGAAUAAUUAAAAGAAGAUUUAUAGAAAUUAUAUGAUGAGAAAGAAAAAUAAAUGAAUAAAUCUAUAUUUAGUAAUAGAUCAAAAAGGAGUCAAAAUUAUAUAAAUUUUGAUUAAUUUGAUGAUAUUUAAGAUGAGAAUAGUGUAGAAUCAGAUGCAAUUAUUGAUAAAUUGAUAUAGUAAAAAUAAUAAAAUGAAAUAUUGGAAUUAUAGAAAUAAGUUGAAUAACAAAAUAAAAUGAUUUAAAAAUUAUAAGAAGAAAAAAGUAUAAAUAUAUAUUAUAUAAUAAAGAUUUAUUCUUGUCCAAAAUGAAUAAUAUAUGA